AUGGUGACGAUGCUUUCCAGCAACGAGUUUCGUGUCUUCGAUCUCUUCCCGCUGGCCAACAACGGCGAUUCGAAGGUUCUGUUCCGAGGCCGGACCAGAGUACUGCCUCUACCCACAGAUGAGAGUUAUGAGACGCUUUCGUAUGUGUGGGGUCAGAAUCCACCAGCAGUAAUGAUUGAAGUCGAUGGAUACGAAGUUGCCAUUACCCCAACCCUGGCGGCCGCACUCAAGCGUUUGCAACUUCCGGACCGUCCGCGGACGCUGUGGAUUGAUCAGUUGUGCAUCGCGCAAGCCGACGAUGCCGAGAAGGCAAAUCAAGUACCACGUAUGGGUCAGAUCUAUAGCAGUACGGCACGUUGUUUGAUAUGGAUGGGCGAUGUCCGAGCCGAUAUAGCCAUGGCAGACGCGGCUUCGGCCUUUGACUUACUGACUUAUAUGGUCGACGAGGCGGAUGCCACACGGUCGAAACCCCUUGAGGUCCCCUCGUGUCUGGCAUCAGAGGAGGCCGUGAAAGCCGCCAUGGAAGCUCUUUCGUCAAUCCUCAUCGGGAAGAAUCCUUGGUGGGAGCGUAUAUGGACGCUACAAGAGGUCAUCUUGCCUUCGAAGGCGCUCAUGGUGUGGGGUCCAUUGUCAAUCGAUUGGGCUGUGCUAGCGGCAGGACACAACAUUCCCUCACUGGUAUGGCCGCACAUCGAUACUUACAACCAGCUCGUUUCGCAGGUCAGGGGACUGCAAUUCGCGCGCAGGAAAACCGAAAGUCCAAUAGACAUCGCCUUCCGCUGGGGAUUUAGGAAAGCCACGCAUCCGCUAGACAAAGUGUACGGCUUCCUUGGAUUGUUUCCGCCUGGGACCCUCAAGAGGGCUGGUAACCCCGACUACGACCUGCCCGCCGCUAAGCUGUAUAGCAUGUUUACUGUGGACAUGAUAGAAUGCGAGAAGGACCUGCAGCCUAUCGCAUUGUGGUCCGCAAACCACUUUCCGCAAAGUACGCCCAAUAUGCCCAGUUGGGCAUUCGACAUGAGCAACCCAGCGCGGGGGUUUGGUGAUUUAGCCGUGCGUAUGAACUUUCCGGGCAGUGACAACAUAGCUUGGUUCUUGAAGUUUACGUAUCCGGUAUACAGUGCGGCUGGCGACUCCGAUAUCGACUGGGACCAGUUCUCCUUCGACCCGGAAUCCGGCCGACUAAAUUUGACUGGCCAACUUGUAGAUAGCAUCCACGUAGUAGGUGCUCCGCUCGAGAGUGACAACCCAGACACCAAGGACGUUCCCGAUCGGGAGGUCAUUGCGCGUAUCAAGGGCUGGCGCCAACAAAUCGAGCACGUGUACCGUGAAAAAAAGUGGCCAGAUGGUAGUGAAGGCCCCACGGCAUGGCUAGACUCCUUCUGGCGGGGCCUCAUAGGAAAUCUCGCAGGCGCAGAGUUGACGCCAGAACGCUACGCCAAUGAAGAGGAUAUAGCUGCCGUGCAGCGCUUCGUCGAAGCGGGUCAGCGAGAGCCUAUCAGUCCAUGGAUAUUCGCCACCAUGACAUACCGAACUGUUGCUCUCACCGAAAGCGGGCGUGUGAUGUUCCUCCCGCGCCACUCGCUUGUCGGAGAUCAGGUCUGGCUCUUGCAUGGAGGCAAGGUCCCGUUCGUUCUGAGGCCAUUGUCAGAAGGGCGGGAGGGGGAAGGUGCCUUCCGGUUCAUCGGACCUGCAUAUGUGGACGGAAUCAUGCACGGGGAGGCAUUUCGUGAAGGGAGUAAGAAAAGCAUAACACUCGUGUAG